AUGGCGACUGGCCUGUAUGCUGAGUCGCACGGUGUCAUCGGACCGUACAUUGAUCCCGAGUCCAAGCGGGUGGUGGACAUGAAUGAGACUGCCUACUGGAACUACAACGACCAAGUGCAGCCUAUCUGGGCGUUGAACGAGGCCGCGGCCGGCGGUCGCUACAGUGGCUGCAUGAUGUGGCCCGGCUGCGCGUACAUCAGGCCUCCCACUUAUGUCCAGAAUUACAACAAGUCGGUGCCCUGGCGCGAGCGGGUCAGCAUGGUGUUCGACUGGCUGCGGGACACCGAGCGGCCGGCCAACCUGGUGCUCUGGUACAUCGAGCAGCCGGACGCGGUGGGACACGCCUUCGGACCGGACUCGCCGCAGGUGUGGGAGCAGUUGCGGCGGACGGACGAGCUGCUCGGCUACAUCGUCCGCACGCUGCGCCUGUUCGAGCUGGAGGACCGCGUCAACCUGGUGGUGACGUCCGACCACGGUAUGUCGGCCGUGCCGCCCGGACACCUCAUCGACCUGGACGCGCUGCUCGACCCGGACUGGUAUCAGGCGCUGGGACCCAACCCCGUGCUCCGGAUCGUGCCGCGCACAGGCAAGAGCCUGACCGUGUACGACCGACUGCGGGACGGCUCGGAGAAGCUGGGCCUGAACUACACAGUGUACGUGAAGGAGAAGAUCCCCGAGCGGUGGCACUACCGCCGGAACCCGCGCGUGCCCGACAUCCUGCUGGUGGCGCACGAGGGCUACAUGUUCGUCACGCCCGGGUUGAACGCCACGCUCGAGAGCUACCGAGAAGAGGGGCGAAACCUCACAGCCGUCGUGUGCGCACGCUCGGCAACCACGGCUACGACCCACAGUUGCUGA